ACUAUCGAACCAUUGCUACACUUCACUAAAUGCCAAAUUCCAAAAACGAAAGCGAAAAUGCCAAAAUGGCUGAAUAAAGCAAAUGCUCUAUGCUUAACAUAAAGUUUUUCUGUACAGUAAUAACUAUUAGGCUAAACACGAUUAGCAUCCAAUAUUUAUAAACAUUUAGUUAAUGUUUUUAUGAAGAGUGUGUAAUUAUUAAUAAUCUUUUGAUACUCAAAGCAUAUCAAAAUGAAUGAAACUAAUAGUGAAGCACUUGCUGACUCCGAGAAGCCGGUUCAAGUAUCAGAUAAUGUGCCAUUCCCGCCUUUCCCGGCCCCAGCAGAUGAUGACUUUGAUGAAGAUAUAUCUAAAGAUGAAAGAUCAUACUAUAUAACAAAAUUUAAAGAUCUUAACACUAUUAUUCAUAUGAAAGUUCACUGUACAGCUUGUGACCGACAUAUAGGGAUUUGUCCCAAAAAUGAAAGUAAUAUGAAAACACAUCCUAUGUUACGUACAUUAAUAUGCCAGAAUUGUCAUUCAUUCUAUAACAGUGGAGAGUUUGAGAAGGGUGAUGAUGGCUCUGAACUAUAUUGUCGCUGGUGUGGACAAGGUGGUCAAGUGUACUGCUGCUCAGAUUGCCCACAUGUAUUUUGUGCGAAAUGUAUAAAAAGAAAUAUGGGCCCAGCUAAAAUAAGAGAGAUUGAAGAAGUAGAUGAUUGGAAAUGUUUUAAAUGUAAUACCACCUGUUUAAGAGAUUUGCGUGCUAUUUGUUGGGCUGCACUGCGUUACUGUGACUUUAAAAACAGAAUGGCUUAUAAAACUGAAGAUCCAAAGCUUAAGGAAUCAUAUUUAAAAGAAAUAUCGGAAGAUGUUUCCGAGUGCUGUAGAUCUAAAUAUAGAAGGAAGGAAAAGUUGGAGGCUAAGAAGAAAGAAGCAGAAGCCAAAAAAGCGGCUGUGGCAGUUGUAUCUAAGCUUCCUCCUACAAUACUGGUGAAGAAAUUUGCUUCAAUUAAUUCUGAUGAAGUGAACACACCCGAAGUUAAGAAGGCUCAAAAAAGGUCGGCGAGCCCAAAAAUGAAACCAAAUAUAAUUUGGAAGAAUCCUAUUUGUGUGUCACCAAAGGUUACUAAUACCUUUCACGUUGCACCUAUGAAGAAAGUUAGGCUGCCAACGAAUUUGAUGAACCCAAUAAGAGUACUAAAUGAGAGAAAACCUGUGCCCCAAAAUACAUUAAUAAAAAUCAGACCGAAAGGGAGUUUUCAAAAUAAUAUGUUCAAUGGGAUCAGUACAAGUACACCAUUUGACAAUGUCAUGUUUAAUAAUGAUAAUAUUAAUUUAUCACUAGACAGUCUAACCCAGGGCCUAGAUAUGUCUUCUAUACAAAACAUGAGUGGCGCAUCUCAGGACGAGUUAGUCUGCACUCCGGACUUCCCCAUGGAGCCAUUAUGCGAGGUGACAGAGGAUAACACUGAUGAUGAUGUGCAGUGUAUAACACCAGGUCCCAUUACUACACCCAAGACUUUGUCUACACAAAAGCCUACAGUUCUCUCUGAAGUUUCAUCCGAAACUAUUAUACAGAUGACUGAAAACGAUGUCACCGUGAAUUCUGUCACCGGUGGUCUUAAAUUCCGCGUUGACCCCCAAACUUUAUCUUCCAAUAAAAUGUAUCGACUUCCCGACGGUAGAAUAUUUGCAAUUAAUGCCAAUCCCAGCAUGCGCGGCGGUUAUUCGGCUACUAUAGUAGCGGUAACUGAAACGAACCGACCCAAAGUCAAUUCAUCCAAUAAAUCCAGUCGUGAUACGCCACCACCGCUAAGAGUAAUGAAAUCCAAUCCAGCAAAUCGCAAAAAAGUUUCAAAACACAAAUCUCCAAAGGCCCGUCGUUCCGACGCGACCCAAAGGGAGGCUGACCUGUCAGUACCUGUUGAAUGGUACAGAUAUAAUUUGAUUGACGCUAUAGACGCACUCGAGUACUCGUUGACACGAUUACAUAAAUUGAAAAAGGAAGCCAACACGUCAUUCCUACGAACAAGGACUGUCAAUGAAAUGCGGAAUUUACAUAGAAGUUUUGACACCCUGUUAAAUACCUCGUCGCAUCGGUUCAAGGAGAUUCGUGACACUCUAACUAAAGGAUUUAAACAAUAUUUGAUAAAGAAAUGUGAAAAUAGCGAAGAGGAAGAUGACGAUGACGUCGAAAUACUACCCGAUUUAGACGAAGAUCCUAUUUGUAUUGAUGAAAAUUCGCUAGAUUCCUUCUGUAACGAGACGCAAGAAGUUGAUCUGACAGGGUGUGGAAGCGAACAAAACGAUAGUAGAGAAAAAGUUGCACAUUUGACUUCUAUCACACACGAGAUAGAUGAACAUGACUCAAAAGAAACUAUCAGUGAAAAUAGCGAAGAAGUGGAUACAUCUAAAGAAAUUGUAAGUGAUGCCAAAUUGAACGGAGAAAAAAGUGAAAAACCGAAAAGUAAUCUCUCAAUGCAAAUCGAUACCGAAUCCCUAUCAAAUAUAGAUAAAGAUUUUGCAUUGACCAAUUCAACUGAUAGUAAGCAAGCUGAAGAUAAAAAUAAAAAGGUUGAUGAAAAGGAUGUUGAAAAUAAAAGUAUUAUAGAAGUUACUGCGAAAGAUAAAAAGGAAAUUGUUGAUAGCGAAGUAACAAAAACAGUUAAAACUAUCGAAAAGAAAGAAAAAGUCACCAAUGGUAAUAAUGAAGAUGUUGAUGUUAGUGAUAAUACGAUAGAUGAUUUGUUAAAUGUAGAAGCGAAAAAGGAAACAAUUGAUGAAAGUGUUAUGGACAUUUCUGAUGAUGUACAGGAUUCUUAAUGCACAAAAGACUCGCUAAAGUGAUAAUAUACUUUACCGUUUUAUACAAAUAGACUCCUUAGUUAAAUACAAAAAACUAAAUCCUAUCUAAUAUAAAUGUAGUACAUGAUAUGUAAGAGAAUUAUUUGCCAGUUUAUUUCCAGUUGUAUUUUAGCUAAUUCAGUGUAAAAUAAUACCUGAUAUAUAAACCUAUUAAAAUAUAUAAAUUUAUUUAUAUUUUAAAUCUGAGUUUAGUGCUUUUUAUGGAGGGUAGUCACAAAUAUUCAAGCAGAGGGUAAAAUUCAUUGUGUUCUUUUGUUUGAGCGAUUUUAAUAAAAUCGAAGGAUCAGUUCAGCGUGUAAUUUAUUUUAUCAUUUAUAUUAUAUUACCAUUUAUAGUGAUAUACUAACAUUUGUUGCCUAGUCCGACUAAUGUUGGGUUUAUUAUGGAUUGGUGUUCUCAAAGGGGGAAUACUAGUUCCACAGUUAUACAAAACACUAUAAAGAUGCAUCCUUAAUUCAAAAAUAUCGAUUGAUCCGAUCUUCAUAUUAAAAGCGUGGUUCCAUUGUAGCCAUUUUGUACAAUUAAAUUUGUAAGUGUAAAUAUUUUAAAAUGUUCCUUUAGGGCAAUAGAAAGAUAAAAACCGAUAUUUGUAUAUGUUUUCGUGAAAAAUAGGAUGGAAGUUCGCAAGUUGAAAGCGUGCGUAUUUCAUUGAUUUUGAAUAUGAAAAGAAAUGUAGGCAAAACGACAAAGUAAGGUACUAACAAUAAUUAAGGUUCUUUGGCGGGAGGAAAUUGUGUAUUUACAGAGUAACGAGACUGGUUCUAAAUCAAAUUUUGACGAAACCUUCCAAUCAUUUUUGUCGCGGUGUUUGUGGUACGAAUUACGUUAAUAUUGUAAAAAGUGUAAAUGUGGAAUACGUACACAUAUUCGUGUAUCUUUUUGUGUUUCUACUAUUUGUUAUGUUAUUACAAAAUUUUACGUUUUAAGUUUGUGUAUAAUUUUUUUUGACACCUCCACUUGAAGAUUAAAAGUAAUGUUAAUGUGGGAAGAAGUAAUUGUAAAUAUAUUUUGAUAUAAUUUAGAAUAAGUAAUAUAUAAUUUGUAUUCAUGAUUCAACUAUUUCAUUUUUACCUUUUUUGAUUAAGUCACCGAGACCGCUUAGUAUGAUGUAAGUGAAAAACUUAUUGGAUUCUCACAAAUAGUUCUAGUUAAUUCUCGACGCUUUAUGUAUUGUCAACUGUCAAAGCAAUGUCAGUUUUUGACAGUUGACAGUGUAAUUUCUUAAUUAUGCUCAUUUCAGUUAUUUUUUUUUGUCUAUAUGGCCAAGAGUUUGCUUUCUCCAAUAUUAUUUUAUUAAUUGCUUUGUUUACCACAAUUGUCAUAAUUACAAGUACAUAUAUUUCUGCAAUUCCCUCUCGUACAGACUGACCGUUCUAGACCUUAAGGGCCUUCUAGUAAUAAGGGUUCUUAAAUACAUUUUUUACAUAAUUCCAUAUGCCAACGUAGUGUUUUGUUACUGAUAACAAUUAAUAAAUACUGUAUACAAUUUUGAUGAUGAAGAUCCGAAGUGCCGAGUGGGAGUCGCCACAUGUAUAAUUUGCAUCAGUUGUAUAUUGCGUCAAAUCAAUAUUUUAAUUUCGACUAUGACAAUUACAAAAAUAAGAUUUAAGAGAUCAGUAACAGGAUUUUGUUUUAAUUUUUAUACUAUAUACUCGUUUUGUUAUCUGAAUUUUUCUAGGAAAUCAUUGUAUUUUGCUUCUGUUUUGUUGUGAUAGGCUUGCAGCUGUGCUGGGUUUUAGAUGAAACGCCUUUAUGCGGCCAUGAAGCCAGAUAGAAUUUAUGUUGUAAAGAAUAAAUGAUCUGGAGGAAA